AUUGUUUUCAUAAAAAGUAAAUGUUAGCAGAGCUUUUUAUAUAAAAUCAGUUGUGUACACAAUGAAAUGAUUUAAAUUUUUACUAUAAAAGCCAAACUUGAAAUCUAGAGAUUACAGAUAUUAAAGAGACGAUACUGAGAUACGAUUCAAUAUGUCUAAGCUUAACAUUGCAUUGUUUUUCUGUGUUCUUCUAGUAACUGUUGUGAACCCCACACAGGCUGUUGAUCAAAAAACCGAUGAAAGCCUACUUAAGGAAUUCCUCGAUGCAUUUGUCAAUCAUGUGCAUACCAUACGCUGUCUAGCUAAUAGUUGUGAUCCCCUGGCCAUCAAUAAGGUCUUCGAUGCCACGAACCUAGAGGAGGAUAUCCUGAGUAGCCAAAGGGACAAUGUCGAGACCGAUGAAUUUAAGACUCUUAAGUUGUCCAAAGCCAUUGAAUUUGCCACAAUGAACAUGUUGAUGAUGGAGCCCAAAUGCAACGAUCCCACUUUUGUUUGUCCUUAUAGAGUAUUUAACGAAAUUCCACAAUCCAUCGUUGACUAUACAACUAAAUUGGAGACUAUGAUCGAAAACACCAAAUGCAUUCCCCCCAACCGUGUUCAGGAAGCCAUCGAUAUUCUGGGUAAAUGUAUUACAUAUGCCGAGCAAUUUACAGAUCAUAAGGCUGACUACCUGAAGAGAGUAAUCCCACCAAUUGAGUAUAGCAUUAUCGAAUUUGGUAAAUUGUGUGCACAAGCUUGAAUAAGCUAAGGCAUUUUUUUUUUUUUAAUUAGAAAUGUUAUGUUAUAAAAAUAUGUAAUAUACCAAGAAUAAUGUUAUUUACAUUAAAACCAGUUAAGCUAUUGUCCCGCUGCUGACCGUAGGGUUCUCAGGGUUAGUGCAAAAAGUGUGUUACUUCUUAAAUAAAAAAAAAUGUUACUUCUUAAAUAAAAAUAAAGUCAGAACCACGA